CUGGACUGCAGCGAAACGCGGCGAAACGCUGGAUUUUGAUGUCACUAGGUUGCGCCCCAUUCGGCGACAGGCGGGCUGCGUUAACCCCGAUUCCGACUUUGCUCUCUCAUCAACCUUCUCUUCUGCUGUGCCGUUGAAGCAACACCUCUCGUUUUUGUAACUUCCUUUGGAAUUGCCACGCCAGGUGCUCCCCAUUUCCGAGAUUCCCGCCGUCAUUGAAUAGGUACCUCCCUAUCCGCUGCAUCUCGCUCCCAAGCAAGCCGAGUCCAGGCUAUUGGCGCUUGGACGUUAGGCACAUCAACGCCUCGCCGUCAUCAACGCACACGAAAGUCACCUCAACAACCAUCCAGCGCCGCGCUCAGCAUCAGAGCGGCAGCCAUCCACUCCUGCCAUCCAUAUUGCUCCAAAGCGCUCCCUCCGUCUUUACCAAAUCAUUGCCAUGAGCGCCUCGACAAGAGUCGCGCGCCGGGCGCUGGUCGUCAACCCGUUCCAGGGCACUGGCCGUGCUCUGCCCAGAUCUGCCCUCCUUGCUACCUCCAUCCAUCUCGCGCGCAAUGCGCAGCGAUUGGGCCCGGCCUCUGCCCUCCUCAUCCCCAUCCGGACCCUCACCACACCAGGCACGACCACCCACGGCCCUCCCGGGGGUCCGCCGCCGGGAUUCAAUCCGGAGGAGGCUAAGAAGCCCCUUCCCAAAGAGCCCGCCAGCGUCGCGAAGCCCGCAACGAAGUCUGCUGAGCCGCCCAAAGCCAAGGAGACCGAGGUGAAGGAGGCUGCUAAGGAGGCGACGGAAGUCUCGGCCGAUGCGGGAGCGUCGCUCACGGAGCUCGCCGCCCAGAAGGAGUCGGGCGUGGAGAAAGCGGAGGACAAAAAGGAGGAGAAGAAGCUGACGCUGGGGCAAAAGAUCAAGAAGGAGCUGCAGCACUACUGGGAUGGCACCAAGCUGCUGGCGGCUGAAGUCAGAAUCAGCUCGCGCCUGGCGCUCAAGAUGGCUGCCGGCUACGAGCUCACGCGGAGAGAGAACCGGCAACUCCAGCGCACCGUCCAGGAUCUUGCCCGGCUCGUCCCUUUCUCCGUCUUCGUCAUCGUGCCGUUCGCCGAGCUCCUGCUCCCCGUCGCGCUCAAACUGUUCCCCAACAUGCUACCCAGCACGUACGAAGGCCAGAAGUCCAAGGAGCAGAAGGCCUCGACGCUGCGAGCCACGCGCAAGGAAGUUAGCGACUUCCUUCGCCAGACCCUCAAGGAGACGGGCCUCCCUUUGACGCAGGCAACAACCCAGAAGGAAGAGUUCACCAACUUCUUCCGGAAGCUCCGGUCCACCGGGGAGAAGCCGACGGCGGAGGACGUCAUCAAGGUUUGCAAGAUCUUCAGAGACGACCUGACGCUGGACAACCUCUCGCGGCCGCAGCUCGUGUCCAUGUGCCGGUACCUCAACUUGAACACGUUCGGCACCGACAUGAUGCUCCGCUACCAGAUCCGCCACCGCAUGCGGCAGAUCAAGCGCGACGACCGCGCCAUCAGCUACGAGGGCGUCGACAGCCUCUCCGUCUCGGAGCUCCAGACGGCCUGCGCCAGCCGCGGCAUCAAGAGCUACGGCGUCUCGCCGGCCAGACUACGCGAGGACCUCCAGACGUGGCUCGACCUGCGGCUCCGCGACGGCGUGCCGUCGACGCUGCUGGUGCUGAGCAACGCGUACAUGUACGGCCAGACGCAGGUCGAGGAGGGCGUCUCGAGCCAGAUCGAGGCGCUGACGGGCGUGCUGUCGUCGAUCCCGGAGGAGCUCUUCCACGAGAUGGAGCUCGAGGUGCACAACGCCGAGGGCGCGGCCACCAACAAGCAGCGGCUCGAGGUGCUCAAGGAGCAGCAGGAGCUGAUCGACGAGGAGCUCGAGCAGGACCAGGAGAACCAGGCGACCGGCUUCGCCACGCCGCGGGACACUGAAAACAUCGACGAGAAGGAGGAGCGACAGGCACAGGCUGAGUCGGACGGCACCAUCGAGAAGGCGCAGGUCGGCGAGGCGGUGGACGCCGAGAAGGACAUGCUCGACGCCGCGAGGUCAGAGGAGCAGCAGCAGCAGCAGCAGCGCGAGGCCGAGCCGGCGCAAUCCAAGUCGAGCGACAAGUGAGGCCCGGGGAGAUCGAAUUCGUGUUGCUCGUGUAACACAUACGUGGGCUUUCAUUUGCCCGAGAGGCCACUUGCGGUCUUUGGAUUCUCUUUUCGUGUCAUGAUCGGCAACUGGGGAUUCUUGUAGUUUUAUACUAGACGGGCGAGAACCCAUUUGGAGUUGGGCUGGGCCGGCUUUCGAUCGACUUUUAUUUCUUUUGUUCACGGGCGGGCCGGAAGGAAAGCGAGCCCCGAUACACAGACUAGCUAGACCUCACCUCAUCAUAGAUGCAAUGGACAGCUCCGACUCUAUUUCAAGGCUCAUAAUGUGAGCGUCGGCUUACAGUGGCUCUCUUUGGUUGCGUCCACCUCUCCCUAGGCCAGGCACC